AUGUCGGGGAAGAGGAUGGUGUCAUCGGUACGAUCACUCUGGCUCCGCCCUGGAGAGCCGAAAUUUCACAAAAGGAUCCAACAAUCAAACCAACCGGCAAAGCCAGAACAAGGCGGACAGAACUCCCCCCCUGAGACCCCGCCCAACCUGAGACACCCCACCCCCGAGGAGUCCUGGUCAGACAGGAAGAGCUCCAGAAUGGAGGUCUGCCGUCCUUCACUCCCACCUUCUUGGAUGAAAUCCCCCCUGAAGACGAUUGUCUGAGCCCUGAUCUCUCACCACCCCACCCCCACCCCACCACCAGUUCAAGUGAAGACCCCAAUACACAUCCUGGACCCCUCCCCCCCUCCUCUUCCCCUGAACUCGCUAACCUUAGAGUUGGAGAAGCUGGAAUUGGCCUUUCCUACGUCUCAGCAGAAAGUGGUGACACCCCCCAGCGCCCGGUCCGGUGAAGUCCUUACCAACCACAACCCAGCUGAGGCGAGAAGAGCCGGUGCCAGGGAAGCAGAACGGGUACAGUGGAAGGCCGGAGAGCUCAGAGACCUGUGCGUUCUGCCACAAGGCCAUCCUCCCCACCGCCGCCGCCAUCGAGGCCAUGAAGAAGCAAUACCACGCCAGCUGCUUCACCUGCCGCAAGUGUCACCGCCUCCUCGCCGGGCAACUGUACUACCAGAAGGACGGGCAGCCCCUCUGUGAGCACUGCUACAAGGACACGCUGGAGAAAUGUGCCAAUUGCCAGACUCUGAUCAUGCAGCACAUAGUGCGCGCCAUGGGGAACAGCUACCACCCAGAGUGCUUCAGGUGUGUGGUGUGUCACCGGAUGAUCGCCGACGAGAGCUUCGCUGUGGACGAAUAUAACGACGUUCAUUGUGCGGAGGAUUAUUACAGGAAGUACGCCCCGAUCUGCAGUGUGUGUGAGCAGCCGAUCGUCCCCAGGAACGGGCAGGACUCCUAUAAGAUCGAAUGUAUUGGGCGGAGCUUCCACGAGAAUUGUUAUCGCUGCGAGAAAUGUCGGGUGCUCCUGUCCCUGGAGCCCACGGAGAGCGGCUGCUACCCCCUGAGUGGCCACGUCCUCUGCAAGUCGUGUCACCUAUCAUGGAAGGACGAGCUGUCCUAG